AUGUCAGUCACAACAAUCCCCCUCGAGCCCCUCAUACCGACGGCACGUGCGGAGACGAGUCACGCAGGCGCAGCCACGGGACCCGUCUAUUUCGACCGAAUACAACCUGAGAAGAGAGCGCAUCUGGAUAUGGAAGUCAGCAAUACCAAGGACGUGCUGGACAUGGACUGCGCUGCUAGGGAUCAAGCGUCGGCUGGAGAGAAACAACCUUCGGCCGGUCUACAUUUCCUAACGACGGACCACCCGCUGUUUCCGCCAAUGCCGAUAUACGGGGCACCGACUGCGGCUAGCAGGGCGAAAUAUUGCAUGCUCACAGUUGCCGCGUUCUUUCUGUCGCUGUGCUAUUUGACGGCCAUAUUUGUCGGGGCCAUAGUCCGCACAGCCGGAAUAGCAAUUUCGGAAGCUCGAUUGCGAUGGAAUGGGCAUAAUCCAGAUGAGAGGAGGGCAUUCUAUACUGAGGAACAGGCACGCCGGAAGGCCCGGGCUAUUGCCGAUCGGAGGUGGGCUCUGCGACAACAGAAAAGGGAUAUGGAUGAGGAACAGGGACCUGAACAAACUCAAGAUUGCCCAUCGUUGGAAGGAGGCAAGGAUCCUGUGGUCUGUGACGUUGCGUAUUACGCCCGCAGAGUCGGUCUCGACGUCGAAAAGUUUCGUGUCCAGACGGAGGACGGGUUCGUCAUUGAUCUGUGGCAUGUUUAUAAUCCUCAGGAGUAUGAGGCCUUGCCAGCAGAAGAGAGGCGUACGCGUGGGCCUGAGGUCUUUACCAAGCCGAAGGUGCAAACCACCUCCCUCCCACGGCACAAACGUCGGUAUCCUGUUCUUCUGGUACAUGGAUUGCUGCAAAGCGCUGGUGCAUUCUGCACCAACGACGAGGAUAGCUUGGCAUUCUUCCUCUGCAAGUCUGGAUAUGAUGUCUGGCUAGGGAAUAACCGCUGUGGCUUGAACCCAGAGCACGUCAAGUUUUCGACUGACGACCCGCGUAUGUGGUCUUGGGAUAUUCGACAUCUCGGCACGCUGGACCUCGCGGCUCUCACGUCACGCGUACUUUAUGAGACUGGUUUUGAGAAACUGGGGCUGGUAUGCCACUCCCAGGGAACCACCCAGACUUUUGUUGCUCUAGCCAAAGAACAACGUCCUGAGCUGGGUCAAUAUCUCUCGGUGUUCUGUGCACUUGCUCCCGCUGCAUACGCCGGUCCGCUAGUGAGCAGACCAUAUUUCCGAUUCAUGAGCCUCCUCUCUCCAGCGAUGUUCCGACUCAUCUUUGGCGUCCACUCCUUCAUCCCUGUCAUGAUGACCGCCCGCCGUCUGCUCCCACCCAGAGUAUACGGAACAAUGGCAUACUGGGUCUUCUCAUUUUUGUUCGACUGGUCCGACACGCGCUGGGAGCGUGAUCUGCGCCAUCGAAUGUUCCAAUUCGCACCUGUAUAUGUCAGCGCUGAGUCGAUGCGCUGGUGGCUCGGAAGCGACGGUUUCGCUAAGCACAAAUGCAUUUUGUCGACAGACAACGACCUCCUGUGUGAGGCAAAGGCGAGCCCUGGUAUACGUGACCCUAUCUCUGAGCACGGUGAUGAUCCCCACGAUCCAUGCUUAGGUGCUCGGGCUCGUGGCCCUUGGUUUGGUCCGAAAACGCCUCCAUUCGCGCUCUGGAUCGGUGGGUCCGAUGCUCUUGUUGAUGGGCGUCGGCUUUUAGAGCGGUUCAAGGGUGGCCGCGAGCCUCAUGUAAAUCUCGUUCAUGCGAAGGUCAUCGAAGAAUAUGAACACCUCGAUGUCCUUUGGGCAAUGGAUGCCAUUGACCAGGUGGGCAAGGAAGUUAGCCAGGUCGUAUGGUCGACUAUGCCUGAGGAGGCGCGUCAGAUAUGUCGUCUUCCUCGUGGAGUGAACCUAGAUAAGGUUGCCGCGGUUUAA